AUGUCGGAUUUAUUUCGAGAUGCCCCAGUGGGGCAGAUGAUUCGCUGGAUGACCAAGAACAAGUACCUGCAAUAUCCCGAGGAAAAGGAUACAUCAAUGUAUGGAAAGUUCAUCAAUCGUGAGAAGUCUGGAAACAUGGCAAGAUAUGGUCAACCAAAUCCACCGAAAGAUGAGGAGAAGGAAGAGAAGCAGGAUGACAACCAGGACUGUUCACGACACAACUCUGAAUCAUCUGACCCGACAUUACGAGGAGAGGGCACGCCAUUGAAUUCAGCCAGCGGGAAAGCUGUAGACCCAGAGAAGGGCAAAGACGUCAACUUGGUUGACUGGUGGGGACCUAACGACCCGGAAUGUCCAACGAAUUGGAGCCAAGGGAAGAAGUUCUUUGUGACGUUCCUCAUCUGUCUGUUGACGACCAGUAUCUACAUUGGUUCUUCCAUCUACUCGGCUGGUGAGCAGCAAAUCACAAUGGUGUUUGGUGUAUCAACAGUUGUUGCGACCAUUGGUCUGACACUCUUUGUUGCUGGAUAUGGUCUGGGACCAAUGAUCUGGUCACCAAUGUCUGAGAUUCCACAAAUUGGCAGGAAUCCAAUUUACAUGAGUACACUCUUUGCAUUCGUGUUCUUAAACUUCGGCGUAAUUUAUGCUGUCAACAUUGGCAUGUUAUUUGCUUUCCGUUUUCUAACAGGCUUUUUUGGAAGUCCAGUUUUAGCCACAGGUGGUGCCUCACUUGCGGACAUGUACGUGCCGAGGAAGAGAGCAUACGCUAUUGCAAUCUGGGGUAUAUCGGCAAUCUGUGGACCUGUUCUUGGACCACUCGUUGGUGGGUUCGCUGCCCAGCAUGAAGACUGGACAUGGCCGAUCUGGGAGCUCGUCUGGCUCAGUGGAUUCUGCUGGGUCGUCCUUAUGUUUUGUCUGCCUGAGACCAGCGGAAACAACUUGCUGGUCCGUCGUACUAAGAGACUGAGGAAGCUCACCGGUAACCAGAAUCUGCGAUGUGAGGCGGAGCUCAUGGGAGAGGGCAUGUCCACCAAGGAUAUUGCUAUCAUGUCUCUUGUUGAUAGUCGCUCUCUGUCUGUUGCUUGCGUACUGACCAUCCAAAAACCUGGGAUCGUGUUCGCUCUCAAUCUUUAUAUCGCCUUGAUCUACGGUCUGCUUUAUGUCUGGUUCGAGUCGUUCGUCAUCGUCUUCAUCGACAUUUAUGGGUUCAACCUUGGAGAGGAGGGCCUGGCAUACUUGGGUAUUCUGAUUGGUGCAUUCGCUAUUCUUCCCCCCUUCUUCUUGAAUCUCUACAAGAUCCUCGAGCCUCAAUUCGAUGACAAGGGAGAUUUAAAGCCAGAGAAGCGUUUGCCUCCAGCAUGUGUCGGCGCCUUCAUGAUUCCCACUUGUCUCUUCUGGUUUGGGUGGAGUGCGAGAGCCGACAUUCAUUGGAUCAUGCCUAUCAUUGGCUCGGCCUUCUUCUCGAUGGGAUCAGUUUUGCUGUUCAACUCGGUUCUCAACUACUUGCCCGAUGCUUAUCCGGAGUACGCUGCGUCGGUACUUGCGGGCAAUGACUUCAUGAGAUCCGCCUUCGGAGCUGGGUUCCCUCUUUUUGCCCGAGCGAUGUAUAACGAUUUGGGUGUUAAUUGGGCGUCCUCGACUCUUGGAUUCCUGGCUAUCGCAUUUAUUCCUAUUCCGUUUGCACUUUACUUCUACGGCGAGACUCUCCGUAAGAAGUACAGUAAGCACGCCAGAAAGGACAUCUAG